AUGUGCCUACCUAGCUCGCGGCAGCUGCGUUUUCGCCUUGGAACGCGAAAACAAGCCGCAAGCGAUCGCCUUCGGCGGGGGCGGGCGGCGGAAGCGGACGGUCAGAUGCGUGUCUGUCAAAUACGUUAUACGCUCGUCGCUUGCGUCCGCACCGCUAUCGGCGCGGCGCUGACUCACGCGGUGCGGGGCGACGCGACUCGAAUCGCAGCCGACGCGACGGCCUGGUCAUUAACUGGCGCGUUAUGCGCGGAGGCGACUCGCGGCCGCUUUUUAUCGCGCGGCCGCGCACCUACCUACCUACGGCCGUCCGCGGCCCCGAAACGAGCGUCCCACGGUGCGUUCGCUCGCGUCUUAUCUGCGAUCGCUUCGAUCGUGCGCCUGUCGGUCGUUCGUUCGAACGAUCGGUCGAACGAUCGAUCCAUCGGUCGGUCGAGAUCGCGCAUCGGUCGUACUUUGCGUGACGCCGCGUUUGAGCGAUGCUUUGGUGGAGCACGCUGUGUGGUGAAUGCGGGCUUAUUGUCUCGCCUAGUCUCGCUUGGCGCUUUAUGGCGGCCGGACCCGGGUCAGCGGCGGGUUUUUUGUCGCCGCACGUUCCGGGAAGCCCGCGCGUCCCCCGCCCCGCCCCCCUCGUCCGGCCCCUCCACCCGCGGGGCCUCCUCCCCCGUCCACCCUCGCGAAUAUCACGCGCGACUCGAGAUAGGGGUGGCGCUGAUCGGCGCGCAGGGCUGUCGACUCGCCCGAAAAUUCGAUGGAUUAAUCCAAUCCGGUCCUUUGCCCUGCGCCGAGAGCAUCGCAGCUCUCAUUGUGGAACGGUCGCCCGAGGCCGCGUCGCGUCGCCAUAACAACCGCCCGCCGCCCCCGGGCUACCUGCCCUCAUUAAUAUGUACCCGGCCGGACACCGUCUUGUGGCAGCGGCGCAGCACGGAUCGGCACCUGAAAGUUUUAUCAGCAAGCGCUGCCCCCGCCGCCUCUGGCGUGCCUUUAAUCCUUUCGCUGUCCGGCGAUGGCCAGAUGCGACCUGGACAACUGAUACAAUCUCGUACCAGGCCUUAUCGCCCACUGGCGAAACUCGAAUGCACCGGUCAUCUCAUGGCGGGCGCUGCCAAGUUCAAACAUCUGUCCCCUAUGCACAAUCAAGAUGCAGAAGCGGACGCCAUCGGUCCCAUUUCGCGGGGCGUCAAGGCCGAUCCGCAGUGGCCGUACGUGCCGCAUCUGCCGCAACUGGCGUGGGCUCGCGCCGCGGGCAUCCCGCCCGCGCGUCGCCCGAAACGCUUUUGUGCCGGCCGUUUCGGGGCGGUGAGUGUAGCUGGUAGAGACGGCAGUUUAGGCAGGGACGCCGCUCAUGUAGAUAUGGUUAGGUCGGGGGCAAGAUUCGGCGAUUAUUGUCCGUCAGCGCGGCCCGGGGGGGCGGUCCGGGGCGGCGGGGGGCCGGCCGGGGGAGGUAAGAUGGCCACCGUAAUUAAUUGGCGCGACGCGAGGGGUCGACCGCGGCGCGUCUCGACGCGGUAUUGCGCCCGCGCGAGGGGUCGCCACGCUGUCCCGGAUUAU